AUGGCCGCACGCGCUGCGCCACAACACUCAGCUACCUCGCUCGCGCGCUAUGCAGUCGCUCGCCAGCCUGAUGUCGACUUGUUCAAUGGAAGCACCUCAAGAGACUACUGCAAUUCUUUCUGGGGCUUGAGCGAUGCCGGGGCCAACAUUAUGUUCGCGCGCAUGCGAGGGGCCUCUAAGACCACCGACGAGCUCAGAAACUUCUGGAAUGAAAGAUGCUUAAUUGAGGAGGAAUACGCAGCUAAACUGGCAAAGCUUGCGAAAGCGCCUAUCGGCGGCGAUGAGAUUGGCGAACUCCGCAACUGCCUUGACACUCUCCGAAUAGAGACUGAGAAGCAAGCAGAGAGUCACUUGCACCUGGCUCAACAGGUUAGAGACGACCUUGAGGGACCCACAGCGCAGUUCCAUCAGAAACAGAUCAACCAUCGGCGGACUGUGCAGGCGCCACUGGAGCGGAAAUUCAAGGAAAAGCAGGUCCAGGAGUCUUACGUCAAGAAAUCACGAGAAAAGUACGAAGGCGACUGUAUGCGCAUCAACUCCUACACCCAGCAAGCGACCUACAUGCAAGGCACGGAUUUAGCGAAGGUGCAGCAGAAGCUGCAGAGAACGAAACAGACGAUGCAAGGGAACGAAAGGGAUUUCGCCAAAUUUACCAAGGAGCUUUUAGAGCUGCAACCGAUUUGGGAAAGAGAAUUCAAGGAUUUCUGUGAUUCGUGCCAGGAUAUGGAAGAGGAGAGACUAGAUUUCAUGAAGGACAUCCUAUGGGCAUAUGCUAAUGCUGUCUCGACGAUCUGCGUGGCUGAUGAUCAGUCCUGCGAACGUGUUCGUACCGCACUCGACCAACUCGAGCCAGAGAAGGACGUGGAGAACUUUGUGAAUGAGUACGGCACAGGGAACGCGAUUACCCAGCCCCCAGAAUUCGUCCCAACAAAUGGCUUGUCAGAACCCCAAAUGCCUCCCUCCCCACUUCUCAAAACAGUACAGUUCCCCCGCGUCAGUAAUCGUCCACAACAACCAUUCCUCCUCGAUGGCCAAACUUCAAUAGAGCACGCAAACGCGCAUCACGUAAACGGAGACGUGCACUCAUACAACGACGUAGCAUCCGUCAUCGACAGCGUCGCCAACAUGAGCUACACGAGCAGUCGUGGACAACAAUCAUCACCUCCUCAGACAAGCCCGCCGAAUCAUCCCCCUCCGCCCAUACCAGAGCCUCAGGUUUCGCUGGCACCAGUCAACACCUCUGUGAACUCAACCUCACGGUCGGCCUCCCCUGCAAUACGGAAUAACCGAGUAUCUCAACCCUUGCCAAUGACGCCCGGCACUAAUGGACCUGGUCGGUCGCAGACACCGCCGCCGCCGCUCCCCACUCAAACUAGCUCAUCCAACGCGAGCACAAACCAAAACAGCGGAAACCGCAUCUUGUUCUACGUCAAGGCGCUAUAUGAUUACACCGCGACGAUCCAGGAGGAGUUUGAUUUCCAAGCAGGGGAUGUGAUUGCUGUCACUGCGACGCCAGAUGAUGGGUGGUGGAGCGGAGAACUGCUGGAUGAGGCGAGGAGAGAGGAAGGAAGACAUGUGUUCCCGAGCAAUUUCGUGUGCCUCUUCUAG